CCAAUCAGUUGGAGUUCGUGUGGGAAAAAAAGGGAGGUUUUAGCAUUCAAGAGCCUUAAAUAAUACUCCCUCCGUUUUAUAAUGUAAGUAGUUUUGGCUAAAAGCACAAAGAUUAAGAAAAUUAUUAUGUUUUAAAAAAUAUUGUAUAUUAAAUAGGUUAGAUAUAACUUAACCAAUCAAAAACAAGUUUAUUUAAUUUGAUUGGUUACACUAUACUCAAUAAAUGUAAAAGUUACCUAGAAAUAUGAAAACUACUUACAUUUUGAAACAAAAAAAUUUCCCUAAAACUAAUUACAAUAUGAAACGGAGGGAGUAACGUUGAAAACGUUAACGUAAAUAAAUGUUUUAGAAGGUUAGGAAGUGAUGAUGCUCACGCAUGAUAUCCUAAUUCUUAGGACACCAGCACAACUAAAGCUCAUAAAUUUCAACCCCAACACACACUGUGCAAAAUACAUAUCCACAUACCUCAUUGCCGGAUUUGAUGAAUAGUUAAAGAAAUAGAUUUAUUUUCUGAGAUAUGAUCUACUUUUGAAAAAUGCAUGUACAUAAAUACGCUAACACUUAUACGUAAACAUUUUUUUGGUCUAAUACGUAAACAUUUUAUUUGAUGACAUGUUGCAUAAUGAGUGCUUUUGGAGCUUUUUACAUGUUUCUAACAUUAGUUAAUAGUUUAAUAAUAAGUUACACUGAAAACUAAACGAAUAACAAAAAUGUUUAACCCUAUGAAAGGGAGGGACUUUUACAUGGGAUAGCUUUUUUUUUGCUUAACAUUAUUAUUUGAAGUUGUUGAUUGGAACAAAAUUCAGUGCCUGCUCAACUACAAGGGCAAGCAGUGCAAACGCCCUAAGCCCAUAAUAUUAGAGAUCUAAUUUUUUGUUAUUUUUUGAAAAAAUCCAAAUUUUAUUUAAAAUAAAAUAAAAUAAAAUAAAUAUACAUAUAUUUCUAAGCUUUUUAUUUUAUAUGUUUUUAUAUCUAAAUUUGUAGAACAUUUUAAAUAUAUAUAUAUUUUAAAAAAUCAUGCUAAAAUUGUUUUUUUAAUUAUUAAAAGAUCUAAAAUUUUUUUUGCCAAAGACUCUUAUAAACCAUGAGCCGGCCGUGGAGCAAAUGAAGAAUGUCACCAAACAAAACGUUACUUUAAUUGCCUAUUUCUUGCUGAGGUUAGUACGGCAUGCAAAUUUUGGGGGUAAACUUUCGAGGGGGAAUUACUCCCAAGUUCCUAACUAGACGGCUAGGGCCUUGAAUGCAUAUAGGGUGAGUGGGUGACCCAUAUAGUACUCCUUAUGUUUAUUAAUGUUGCAAAUUCUACCUUUUUCAUACAUUUUAAUAAAAUACAUUAAAUUUGUAUAAUUUUUGUGUUUAUCUGUUUCAUAAUUUUAAGCUAAUAAAAAUUCAGUAAAGGCAAUUAAGUUUUUUGAAAUUUGCAAUUAGUUAAUAAAAUAUGUCUUGAAAAUAUAAAACAUAAAUCUUUUUAAAACAAAUUUUUUUUCUCUGUAAUAUUAAGGAACAGAAAGAUAGUAUACUGGAAUGAAUUAAACUGGACAGAUAUUUAUUAGUGGUAGCAAAAUUGGUGUUGGGAUUUGAAUGCAUUUAAAUGCGAGAUCGGUAAGGUUUAUUAAUACGGCAAUUUAUGGCAUUUUGAUCGUUAUAAUAUCUUUUUUUUAGAAAAGCGAACUUUAAUUGCUAAAUUUGCAUCUGAAAACCUUAAACUCCGAGGCCAUGAUGAAAUUGUAGCAGCCUGAGAUCAGAUUCUCCACCACCAACUAAUUCUUUCAAUUUUGUUUUGUUCAAACCGUUGCUUCGAUUAUAUUUUCUUCCAAACAUCCAUACCAUAUUUUUUCCGUUUCAUUUUAAUUAUUGUUUUAUACUUGAACAUACAGAUUAAAAAUAUAUUUAAUUUUAUAUAUUUAUUAAAUAAAAUAUUUAUUAUCAUAUAUCUAACUACGUUUCAACUAACAGAAAAUAGAUUGUAAUAUAGAAUCUAUUAAUUUGCAUUAAAAUCAUAAAACAACAUUUAUUUUGAAACAAAAAAUUUACCUUAAAACAAUAACUAAACUAAAACAAACUAAAACAGAGAGAAUAAUAUACCGGAAUGAAUUAAACUGGACAGAUAUUUUAGUGGUAGGAAAACUGGUCUUGGGAUUUGAAUGCAUUUAAAUGCGGCAAGGUUUAUUAAUGUAGAAGCCGUAAAACCGGUUCGAUACUAACGAUAAUAUAAAUACGAUGUUAAGGAAAAAAUAGACGAUUCAAAAACCGAAAUGGAAACGAAACCAUGGAGUCGAGACGAAUCUCUUUCCUUAACUCUUAAUAUUCGCUCCGUUAGUGCGACGGAUCUGUACGAAUAUGAGUCCCAGGAUAAAACCAUGUAAGGUUAUCACGCGGCACUCGUGAAGAACCUCUACGAACUAAUAAUCUACGAAACACUCUCUAGACUUACGCGUAGGAGUUUUUGCUGGUAUUUUGCUGUGAAAAAGUUGAGAAAUGAAUGAAGAUGAGAGGCGAUAUUUAAAGAGACGGAGACGACCCACUUCCCGCAACAGCUGCUGCACGUGGGCGAGAAUCUUCCCUCAUCCUCAAGACUCUCUCUUAUCUCGUUUAAAACUUUCGAGAGGAUAACAUGCAUGACGUUUUUAUUUUCUAGACAAAUUACUUGUCGUUUUUAAAUAAAAUUGUAUGCUGUUUUUUUUUCUCUCAAAAUAAAUGGCAAAACAUUGAGCUUAAUUUGGUCCAAAAAAAUAGUACUUAUCAGGCCUCCCAAGCCCAAACCCAAGCCCACGCCGAGCCGGCCAAGCAGCCGCAGCGCGCGCGUGGGGAGCUCUCUCUUCCUCUGAGCCGUUUAACACAUGGUAUGUGUGAGUGCAUAUAUAUACAGCUCGACUCUUCUCUUCCUACCCGAUGUGGGACUUUGUAAGUUUCAUUUCAUUAACCACACAUAAGUGGGCUCUUAGGCACACAAGCCCAUUCAUUUGUUAUUCACAUAUUUUAAUUAAACCCAAUUGAUUUAAUUGAUCCAACAAUUAAUACGGCAAUUUAUGGCAUUUUUAUCGUUAUAAUAUGUUUUUUUUUUUGAGAAAAGUGAACUUUAAUUGUUAAAACUGCAUUUGAAAACCUUAAACUCAGAGGCCAUAAUGAAAUGGUAGCAGCCUGAGAUCAGAUUCUCCACCACCAACUAACCUUUUCAAUUUUGUUUUUUUUUGUUCAAACUGUUGCAUCGAUUAUUUCUUCUUCCACAGACAAACACUGUUGCUUCAUGCACUAAAUAUGGUUAAUUUAAUUAGUUAUUUUGUUUUAUUUCUUUGCAAUGUACACAAUGUUGAAUGUUUCUUCACCCAAUUAUUUUGAUGACCUUUUAAUGUCUAGACGUUGAAGUAUAUUUUAGGUUUGGUUGACUGUAUAUCGCAGUCACCGUCACCACCGGCCCACCGCUGGUAUCAAUUUACAUCGACUGAAAACAAGACACACUCAGAGACUCACAGUUCUCGAGGGCUGGGCUUAGGCUAAAAAGGCACAUACAGCGUAUCACAAGCCCAUGAAAUGUAAAAACACAGCCUAGCCAUUUGGUGGUAUCCACAUAUAGAAGCCACAAAUAUGUAACGACUGAAAACCAUUUUUUACUAAACUCAUCAAAUACCUGUUGUUCUUCUUAUGUUGCUUAAAAAUAUUACUCCCUCCGUUCCUAUAAGAUGUAUGUUUUGGAAAAAAAAUUGUUUCAAAAAGAUACAUUUUUUACCUUUUCAAUGUAUGAUUUUAUGAAAAAUUGUAAGUUUCAAAAAAAUUAAUAGUGUUUAUUGAAUUUCUAUUGACUAAAAGUUAUGAAAAACAAUGCAUAUUUAAUGAGUUUUCUUAAUAUAUGUGAAAAAUCUAAAAUAUGCAUCUUUUAAAAACAGAGGGAGUACAAUAUAAAUUUACCUCCAAAAACAUUAAGUUGAAUUCAACUUUUUAGUAUGAUAGUUUAUUCAUAGAAAUACACUGUUACUGUGCAUGUUUAACUAGGCAAGAUUAAAGUAAAUAAAUAGUACUUAAUCCUUUGUAAACAAACGGUGCGUCAUGCACAUGUAAUGUGAUCGUCUAAUCCUUUCUAAUUCCACACCAAUUACCUAUUUUCUUUACUAAUUUGUGCAUUAUUUUGGAUUAUAAAUGUAUGGAUCCUGUGUUUGGAUCUUGUGAGUGAUUAGUUAGGUAGUCAUGACUCUUUGAAAAAGCCAUCACCAUUAAGCAAAUCUUCUACCAACCAACUCACAUAGUAUAAUUAAAAAAAUUAGUUAUAUAUUUCCAAGAGUAGGUACCCUAUAAUGGUGUUACUUUGUAAAUUCCAUCAUUGUUUUCAAUUUAUCAAACACAUCGUCAUGUAAUGAUUUGGUAACGUUAAUCACCAAUAAUUUUGUUCAAUCACAUAUACUACUAAACUAACUAAGACCUGAGUCAGCAUAUCCAAUUCUAAACUAAUCACCUGUCAUCUAAAUGAUGUAUUAUCAUUACAUACUUUUGGUCACGACGUAGCGUAGCUUGUCAUUAUAUAUAAACUCAGGAAAAGAAAAAAAAACAUGAGCAUGCAUAUCCAUUUUAACCAACUAUAUAUUUUGUGUAUAUAUAAUACUCAACAUGUGAGUUUUAAAAUUAUUUUAAAUUAUAGAUAUUGAACAUGACGUACCAAAAUAUAAAGAAUGCGGGCAUGCUUUCUUUACUUAGUUACAGUACAAAUAGACACAUCUAUAUUUUUUUGCAUUAAUUAUUUAUGUUAAAGAUCUCCUAUUGAUACACAUUCAAAUAGUUAAUACAAAGUUGGUUUCUGAUGUGAACAUACAGAUAACUUGUUCAACUAAACAAUUGUUCAAACAAAAGUCAGUAAGUAUGAUUUUGACGUUAAAUGCUUAUAUCAGUUGUAUUAGACUAAAAGUGAUGAAUUUCUGUUUCUUUUUCUUUUUACUGGACACAAGGCAAACCAAUACAUUUCAAUUGUAUUAGCUUUCUCCUCCUCUCUGCCGGAUUAGUUCAGGUAUGGGUUUGGGCAGCUUGUAUAUGGAACUUUUGUUGAUGCUUGUUGCAAUACUUUACUUCUAAAAGUCUUGUUUUCAUGCGAACAUUCUUAGUGCUUCGUUGAUGCUAUGGUUUUUUUUUUUUUGCGGGCUUUAGGAUCAGACCAGUUUUUAAGCAGUUUGGAUUUCAAUCUCUAUUGUAAUCAGACUUCCGUUAUUCACUUAAUGACAUUUACAUUUUUAGCACAAAAAGAAAAACUAAUAUAUAUAUCGCGCUUCUGGUUUUGCCCAAACUAUUUUGUUUGGCAACCAAAGUCUUGUUUAAACUGCUACUUAAGUGUGAGCUAAUGUCUCACCAAACUUUUACUUACUCUAUAUGUAUAUGUAAAGUUUCUGUAAAAUAUAGGGAAAAGGUGAGGUCAGUCCUCGUGAUCUCAUAUUAUGGACCAGUGGUCUCAUUUUUAAAGCAAACUCCAUUUAAGAUUUUAGUUCUGAGAAUAGUUAAGUAUAUUCGUAGGAAAAAAACGUUGUGAUUAAUUUAAAAACAUGGCUUGUGCCUUCAAUAUAUUGAAAGCCUAAUAGUUAUUAAGCCAUUGUAUAAUGGACUAAAUUGUUAAAUAAUAAGCAAAUUGAACUAAUUUUAUACAUUUUGACAUAUAAAUAGUUUGGUCUGCCACAUUUCUGCAUUGCUUAAUAUUUGACAUAGCUUUAAACCAAAUGCUUGUAUUGUACAUAUACGUUGGAAGUUCCUUGUCAAUAGCUAGCGCCUAGUGGUACACAUUCAAAAAUCGAAGGCGGAUUAUUCAGUCACACCUUAAUUAAAAAUGUACUACAAUUUCAUUGUACUUGUGGUAUGCGAUUUCUUAAAGAAAUGGGCAGCCGAACCAAACUGUAGACUAACAAAAAGGCAUGCCAAUAGCAACACGUGUGCUUUCGUCAUGCAAAUUCCAAUCUUUUUUAAUUACUUAAAAAUUUAUUUUCUUCUGUUCGUCAUCGAAUGUUACGUUUCAACCUUUUUCCAUUUUAUUCAACUUAGUUUACUAAAAUUUCUCUUUCAUUGGAACCUAAUUGAUUCAACUUUAAAUAACAUUUUCGUAAGUUGUUCACCAAACAAAUGCAACCUAUAAUAAUUCUUACUUUAUUAGCGAUGCAUUCCAAUGCCAUAGCGAGACAACUUCAAUAUUGUUACAUUCACUCCAUUAACUAGGGGAAUUUCAAGUUUUUUUUUUUUUUUGAAGAAAGGCUUGGGAAUUUCAAGUUUAUCACUUUUAUGGUAUUAUUAUUUAAUUUUACCAUUACUAAAUGAACAUUUUCAGAAAUAUUUUUUCAUUAAGUAGCAAAAUACUCUUAUACCAUUGUUCUAUAUAUAAAUAUAAUAAAUAUUUUUUUAUGUUUUCAAAUUAUAUUUUUAAAUUCGAUUUUUUUUAUUUUUUUAUUUUUAUUUAUUUUUUUUCAAAAUUUCUUUUGAAAAAUAGAAAAAAUAUGUUUGAAACUAUUUUUUAUUUUAUUUUUAAAGUAUUUAUUUAUAUAUUUAUUAGAAUACUAAAUUUCACAUUCCAAAAAUUAUAUCCCACUCUUCAACUUUAAACCGUAAGUUUAUAUUGGUUAAUCCGAAGAGUAUAAAUGUUUUUACCCUUCAUUAAAAUUGAAGAUAUAAAUGGUUAGUAUAAACAUGAAAAUUGUAUUAUAAAUGUGGUAUUCAUGACAAUUUUUCUUAAUUUUAAUCAUUUUCAGUUUAUUUUUAAUUUAAAUAAAUACAGCAACUGUAGACAUGACAGCACUCCAAUAACCAAUUAUAUUGUUAACGUAAGCACGCGUUUGGUCAUAUCUUGUUUGGUAUUGACUCAAAACCUCACCGUUGAUUUGGAAUCAUAAACUCAAGUCCCUUGCUAGCUAUGGGAGAUGAAAACCAACUGUAAGUUAACUAGUUAAGUAAGCUAUUAUUUUUUUCUUCUAUUAACAAGUAGCUAGUCUCUCUUCUAUGGCUCAAAACUCGUCUUUGAUGAUACCAUUAAUAAAGCAUUUCUUUCACUGAAUUUUAAACUAGAAGUGCAAUAGCACCAACGUCUGUGCUUAAACGAAUUGGCCUAUCACAUCCGUGAAUAAGAACAUCUCCAUCCUCACUCCAUUUUUCUUUCUCUAAAAUAGAGUAAAAAUGAAUGUGGAGUAAGAAAUACUCCAACUCAAUUCUAUAUCUCACUCCAUAAUGAAAUUUAUUCCAUAAAUGGAGUAAUCUAUUUUUUUUGUUUGUUCAUCAUUAUAAAGUGGAAAAUAGAGUAGGGUUGGAACAAUUUUACUCUAUUUUCACUUUUGCUCCAUUUUUUUUAAAAAAUGGAGUUUUACAUUGGAGAUGCUCUAAGGACAUCUCUAACCUUACUUCAUUUUUUUCUUCAAAAUAAAGUAAAAAUGAAUAUGAAGUAAUGAAUGAUCCAACCCAACUUCAUAUCUCACUACAUAAUGAAGUUUAAUCCAUGAAUGGAGUAAUCUAUUUUUGUUUAUUCAUCACUCCAUUAUGGAGGGAAAAAUGGAGUAGAGUUAGAAUAUUUUUACUCCAUAUUCACUUUUACUUCAUUUUAGAAGAAAAAUAGAGUUUUACAUUGGAGAUGCUCUAAGUCAGCUAUUAUUUCAAAUAUGUUUAUACUGAUUUUACAGGUUAAUCAAUAUUCAUGGUGAUUUAAUGUUGAAAUUUGAAAGGUUCAUUUUAGAUUUGAAAAGUAAUGCCCAACCUUUUUUUACUGUGUAAGUAAAAAUUCUAAUGACAAUAAUAUCUAUUCUAUACAUGCCUCGUAAAUUUUAGUUUAGUAUUGGAUCUAAGUCAUUUUGAUUACAUACGAAAUGAAUAAAUAAAGUAUUGAAGUGGAUGUAUUGAUUGUAAUUUUUUUUAGGUUAACAUAAUUUUAGUUAAUUAUUGCUGAAACUUUGAGUAUAUAUUAAAUUUAAUUAAAGAAGUAGAAGUAUUAUACCAUUUUUACACCAAAAAGUAUUAUACCAUUUUAUGUUUUAUACUCUUUCCGUUUCGAAAAGAUUUAUGUUUUAGAAAAAAAUAGUUUUAAAAUGAUACAUUUUUUGCAUUUUCAAUGUAUUAAUUUAUGGUAUACUGUAAAUUUUAGAAAAUAUAAUUGUGUUUUGUUCAAAAAAAAAAUAUAAUUGUGUUUAUUGAAAUUAUUUUGGUUAAAAGUUUUGGGGAAUUUUACAUUUUUUAUGUUUUUCAUAUGUGUAAAAUUCUAAAACAUACAUAUUUUUAAAACAGAGGGAGUAUAAGAUUUUAAAGUUAUAAUUGUUUGUGAGUACUUUAUAUCUUUGUAAAAAUACAGAAUUAGCAAUUAAUAAGUAAACAGUUUAUUUUCAGUUCGAAAUAAUAUACUUAUUAUUAUACAAUUUUUUUAAAAUAAUUGCAUAAAUAAUUAUUAUAUACAAAAAAUAAAGUUGAUACGAUAAAAAAACAAUUUCAAAAACAUCUUCAAUCUCUUUUUUUUUUACUCAAAAAUAGAGUUUGUAAUAAAAAAAUUCUAAUCUCAUUCUAAUUUUUUAUUUUAUAGUGGAAUAAAAAAUAAAUUUACUAUAUAAAAAUAGACUAAUAUAUUUAUUUUUUGUUCCUUACUGCAUUUUCACUUCAAAAUAGAGUGAGGUUUUUGUAAAAACGAAUUCAAAAUUACUACAUUUUAUAGAAAAAUUAGAAUUUUACAUUGAAGAUGUUCUAACAAUGUUUUAUAUUAAAAUGUUAUUCGCCAAUGAUUUAAGUAACUGUUUCUGAUGCACAAUAUAUGUCGGUCUAUAGCAUCAUUUUGAACGAACUUAUAAUUUUAUCAAUUAACUGGAUUUUCUUAUUUAAGGAUCUGAUAAAAGCUUGAUCUGUUUGACGUUCUUCUUUUUUUUUUUGCAAAAAUAAAACAUGCAUACGAGGUCACAGAAAUUUAUUUACUCAUUCACAAUUUCGGAAAACAUAGCCUGUCGAACUCAAUUUUGCACAGUACUUCUAUUUUAUUGAAACGAAUGAGUUAUUCAAACUAUAUAUAAUAGUGCCUUCCCUAAUAUGAGACGGCAGACUAAAGGUGAGAGCAUCCUUACGUCUUGUUUGGCAGAUUAAUAACUUAAAGUAUAGAGAAAAUAAUAAUUAUAAGUUAAGUUUUAUUUUAUGAAUUGUCAGUUUACCAAUUUUUUUUUCUUUUUAGUUAGAACCAUUUUUCAAAAGUUGGUUUAGCCAAAGAUAGAAAAAUUGUAAUGGCCCUUUCUGAUUUGACUAAGAGAGACUUCAUGAUCCAUGUAAGACCAUGUAUAGUUAGUCAAUCAUCAAAGUUAUUAGUCAAAAAUAUAUAUCAAAGUUUACAAUAAACUAUUAAUAUUAAGUUAUUAACUAAUGUGUUGCGCUAGUCAAUUUUUGUACACAAUAAUAAUAACCACAAGGACAAACCUAGUUAGUAUCUUUUUUUUUUUGGUAAAGAUAUAUUCAACGUAUAGAAUGUGAGACUCAAUAUUGAAGUUUCAAACAUAUGUUUAACUGUGAGAUAAUAAUUCCAAAAUAAAAAUAUUUAUUUUGACAUAAAUGGAAGUAUAUAUUAGAAAAGAAGGAAUCAUGCCAGAUACUCACCUACAAUAUAGACAAGUUUUAAACUUAAUCAAAUCCGAUUUGACAAUUGUCAUUGUCUUUCCUUUAUAACAUAUUUCUCAUUGUCAGGUCACACACCACUUCCUUGUAUAAAUACACAUAGUACCAAUUAGAUUUGGUAGAAAGGAAUCUCAAAAGUGUGUGAGAGAGAAAAGACAGAGAGAGAGAGAGAAAAUGGGCAAAGGGAGAGCUCCAUGUUGUGACAAAACCAAAGUGAAGAGGGGACCAUGGAGCCAAGAUGAAGACUUGAAACUCAUCUCUUUCAUUCACAAGUAUGGUCAUGAGAAUUGGAGAUCUCUCCCCAAACAAGCUGGAUUGCUGAGGUGUGGCAAGAGUUGUCGCCUUCGAUGGAUCAAUUACCUCAGACCUGAUCUGAAACGUGGCAAUUUCACCUUAGAGGAAGAAGAAACCAUCAUUAAACUCCACCAGAGCUUUGGAAACAAGUGGUCAAAGAUUGCUUCUAAACUGCCAGGAAGAACAGACAAUGAGAUCAAGAACGUGUGGCAUACACAUCUCAAGAAAAGAUUGAGCUCAUACAUCAACCAUAAUGCCAAUGAUGAAGCAGCAUCCAAAGGUUCUUUGAAUAAAGAAGAGACGUCUCAAGAGUCAUCUCCUAAUGCUUCUAGGUCUUUUGGUGGUUCCAACACUGUUAGCAAAGAGGAGGAGGAUGAUGUACAGAUAGGUGAAACCUUUGAGUAUUUUCAAGAUUACAGCGAGUUGGCGGGUUUGCUACAAGAGGUAGACAAACCAGAGCUGCUGGAGAUACCUUUUGAUAUGGAUCCUGACGUGUGGAAUUUUCUAGAGGGUUUCCAACAACCUGAGAACAGUUUGACUCCAAAGGAUCAUCAAGAAUCUGAAGAAGAUGAGGUUGAUAAAUGGUUCAAGAACCUGGAAAGUGAACUCGGGUUAGAAGAAGAUGAUAGCCAACAACAACAAGAACAGCACAAUGAAGCUAAAGAAGAUUCACCCUCCCCAUCACUCUUGGAGAGUUAUGAGGUCCUGAUAAAUCAUUAAUGAAGAGCCAUAAAUGAACUCAUUUUACUGAUUAUUCUCAAUUAAGAUGUACAAUAGAGUAAAAAUAACAAGAUCAGGUAGGUGCAAGUAGUAGCAAUAGCAAAGAAACGUAGAAACUACAGAGCCAAAAGAUUGCUUUGUAUUGAAACCAAGGAAACAUGGUUUGAGAUGGAAUAAUAAUACCUAUCAGAUAGCAACAUGAGAUUGAGUAAGAUUAAUUGUUAUUGUCUUGAAACUGAUUCAGCAGCUACGAUUUCUAAAUACAAACAAAUAAAGAAGGCU